AAUUAGGAGUAGUGAUCCAUCGAUCGACGCCCUACGUAUAUAAUAUAUUUGCUUUAUUCUCUUAUUUCCCUCUCAUUUUUUCGUUUUCUUCUUCCUUCUCAGCUGCUGCUGCUGCUCUUGCUAAACCAAAUCCCAAUCCCUUUCUCUUUCUCUUUUCUCUUUUCAAUUCCCUUUUUUUUUAACAGAAAAAAGCUCAUGGAAGUUGCUGCUGCUGCCGCUGCUGCUGGACCUCCGUCUAACCCUCGUACCGUCGAAGCCGUUUUCCGUGACUUCAAGGGUCGUAGAGCUGGCAUGAUUAAAGCUCUCACCACUGAUGUUGAUGAGUUUUACCAGCAGUGUGAUCCUGACAAGGAGAACCUUUGUCUGUAUGGAUAUCCCGCUGAAAUAUGGGAAGUUACUUUACCUGCUGAAGAAGUUCCUCCUGAACUCCCGGAACCUGCAUUGGGCAUAAAUUUUGCUAGGGAUGGAAUGGACGAAAAAGACUGGCUAUCUUUAGUUGCUGUUCACAGUGAUACAUGGCUACUCUCUGUGGCUUUCUACUUCGGGGCAAGAUUUGGUUUUGAUAGAGCUGACAGGAAACGCCUUUUCACUAUGAUUAAUGAUCUUCCCACAAUAUUUGAGGUUGUGACUGGAACUGUAAAGAAACAGGCAAAGGAAAAGCCAUCAGUCUCAAGCCACAACGGCAACAAAUCGAAGUCGGGUUCCAAAGCGCAGCGCGGAUCUGAAAUGGGAAAGUAUUCAAAGCCAGCAAAAGAAGAGGACGAUGGAUUGGACGAAGAAGAAGAGGAGCAAGGGGAGUGCGCCGCAUGUGGUGAGAGCUAUGUAUCUGCAUCUGAUGAGUUCUGGAUUUGUUGUGACUUAUGUGAGAAGUGGUACCAUGGCAAAUGUGUGAAGAUCACUCCUGCCCGGGCGGAGCACAUCAAGCACUACAAGUGUCCUGCAUGCACCAAUAAGAGAGCUCGGCCUUGAUAUCAUAGGGAGGGAUGUGAGUUACAUCUCGCCGCUGUAACUCUAUGCUUGGACAGCUAACUAGUUAUCUGCUUAGACUAGCUUAGACAUUUCUAUGUUGUGCCAUUUUCGUGCGUUUCGGUCCAAUCAACUUCUUAUGUGGAUAUAAUUAUUAAAACAUUUGAUAGUGUUGAUUGGGAUAUUUAUAUGUUCUUAGUACCUGGAAACAUAAUUGUUUGUGCAGAGAACAAUUUCUUUUUGCUACAUAUUCUCAGUUUUCUUUCA